AUGUUAGAUCUUUUCCAUUACAAUCAACACAACAGUAGUAGAGAUCGUACCCGUCAUUUUCGAAUUGAUUUAACAUCAAAAGAAGAAUGUGAAAAAUUAUUGAAUGCUAGAGAAAUCUCACUUCAAGAAUUACUGCAUGACGAUGAAAUGAAGGCAAAAGCUCUCUGUAAUCCAACACUGAUCAACAAUUUUCAACAACAACAUUCUCAACAGCAGAUUAUGUAUAAACGAAACGAAUAUAAUGCGUGGCCGCUGGUAAAUUCGAAUCAAACAAAAACAAUGGGUUCAACAGAAAUAAAUGAAUCGAUUUGGGAUGUAAUAAAACAUCUACAAAGUGAUUUUGAAAAAAUGAAAUUGGAACACGAAAGGAAAGAAAAUGAAAUGAAGAUAAAGUACAUUGAUCAAAUGAACAAAUAUAAAGCUCUGGUGGUUUUGAAUAAUAUUCAAACGAAAACUCAGGAUGAAAUGAUUAAGAAUGUAUACACGGUUGUUGAAGAAACAUUACCAGCAGUCAAAACAACUUUACAAAUAGUGAAAUUUAUCGCAUCAAAAAUUGCAUCAAUGGUCAUAGAUUUAGAUGAACAAGAAAACAUGAAGAAUAUGUUUGAACUAAUUGAAACAACAAUCGCACAUUUAACUGAACGUUCUGAAAUGCUAUCUAUCAAAAUACAUUAUUGUAAUAGUGAGAAAAAUGAAGAAGAACAAGGAAAGGAUGACAAUCAUGAUCUCGAAAUGAAGAUUGAUUUUCCGCCAUUACCACAAACAUUGCCUCAUGAGUCCGAUUUUAUGUUCUUUCCUUAUGUAUAUAUUCCAAAAUCGGAGUAUACAGAGUUACAAAGUCGUCCAGAAGCGCUACUUAUUCCUUUCGUUGAUUUAUCAAUGAACGUUUCAGUUACAUCCCAUAGGAUGUGCUGUAUUUGUCGAGAAGAAAUAGCUGCGCCCUCUGUGACAAUAUCUGAGAGCGGACGAGAGCGUGUUUUUUUUGUUAAAAAUAUCGUUAUACCACUUGGAACUCGAUGCUGCUCAAAACACGUCGAACACCACUAUCUCACCAGUGAUGCUAUGUCUAAAUUACAUCCGUACAAAAUCGAU